AUGACGGACAGUUCGAAUGACUCAGGCGUGUCCCUAAGUGACUUCUUUGCUCGAUGCAAACUCGCACCCAGCACUCGAGAUCAGUGUGAUGCCUACUUGAGAGUGCGUUUUUCGGAAAACAUCGAGCCUACUCCCUUCCAAGGCUAUUGCUCAUACACAGUAAUUGUUGGAAACGAUAGGAUAGCUCAGUUUCGCCCACCAGAGUAUCGGCUUGAUGUGGAUAUAUCUUCGACAGCGUGUGAUAUCUUUGGUUCCGUCGCGCCGCAGACCGAGUUUUUAGGAAAGCUGGAACACAAUGACUUACAAGUGUACCUGAUGAGGCGGUUACCUGGCGUAUCACUGUCAGAGCUUCACUCUUCGAAUAGUAGCACUCGGAAAAGCUGGCUUCGCCGCCAGACCGUACGAGACUUCGCCGCACUGCAGGCGGCCAGCUGGCAGUGCUCGAAGUCGCGAGCGGAGGUGGUGAUGAAGAGGAAAGUUGGGGCUUCCAUACGUUGGCGCUUGAAUCUGAUGCUGUCAAGCAUCCCCAGUCGUUUCCAUAAGGUAGUGAUAUCGCUCAGUCGGAGGUUCGAAUAUAUUGAGGACCUCCCUUGGACGCUCAGUCAUGGGGAUCUCACUCCAUCGAACGUUCUGGUCUGCCCGAAAACCGGAAGGAUCGUAGGAUUGCUUGACUGGGCAGAGGCAGAGUUCCUCCCAUUUGGCGUCGGCAUAUAUGGCUUAGAGGAGCUUCUGGGUGAGGACAACACGGAGGGCUUCACAUACUACCCCGAAGCAAGAAAACUGCGAGCUCUAUUCUGGAGUGAACUCCUUUCUCUCAUACCUGAGCUUGGUGGGAACGUCGACCUCCUAAAGACGGUAAAAGCUGCCCAGAUCUUUGGAAUCUUGCUGUGGCAUGGCAUCGCUUUUGAUGACGGGCGACUUGAUCGUGUUGUCGAAGAAGGCAUGGAUGAUGGUGAAAUCCAACGACUUGACGCUUUCUUGUUUCACCCUCGUGGGCCACUUGGUCGCAGGAGGCUUCUUGGGAGAGUGCAGUCAGCGUCUACUCGUGUGUACAAUCGCGUGUUUAGCAAGGGCAGUAGGAGGUAG